CCGAGCGCUGCUUUGGAAUAAAUCUGUGUCAAUCUGAUCAGUGUGUGAGGUGAACUCACUACAGCUUCACUGUGUGGAUACACAAGCUGCACUCAGACAGACUUUAAGGGUUAUUCCUUUCUUCAAUGGUGCAGCGAGAGACAGAGCAAGAGAGAGACAACAUGCAGAAUAAAUAAAUUCUCUUGGAGAUACAUCUGUUUGGUUAGUUCAUUGUAAAUGAGUGGACCCUUUGUUAUCGUGCUCUGUGAUGUUUCCAUUGCAACACAACUUUGACUUCAACUGGCAUCACACAUUUUGAAGUGAAGCCAAGCUCCUUUCUUUUUCUGGCUGAACUGUUGGAUGGGGAUCAUGAGGAACUCUCAGUCUCUGAUCCGUGUUGCCAUUGUAUUUUCUUUACUUUCACUCCACCUAUGCCCUGCAUGUGCAGGCUCAGGGUCUGACUAUAAUUAUAGAGCCCACCCACGCUUUGUUUGUGCCCCUGUUCCUGUGGAUGUAGACCCCUCCUGCUUUCCCACAGCAGGUCCAGGCACAGGGGCAGCAGGGCUCAGCAGACCAGGCCAUCAAAGUGCACCUCCUGCUGGCUGGUGGGGGGCGAGCGAAGAGGCCAAAGCCACCAUCCUCCACCUCAGAGAGAGUCUUGUGCAGCAGAAAGAGGCCAUCCUGGAGCAGAGGGAGACCAUUAGAGAGCUGACUGCCAAACUCACCCUGUGUGAGGGCUCUGGCCGGGGCAUGAUGCCUCAUGGUGAGCACCACGGUGCUGUCUCACAAUCCCAUCAUGCAGGAGUGGCCAGUCAUCACACCUACCAUGGCAAUGGGCACUAUAGCAACCAGCAGAGUCACCAUGGAAACAGCAACCUCAUGCCAGAUUCAACACACAACCCUGCUGUAGCGGGACAACGACCAGUUGCAGAGCACAGCAGCAGCAACCAGAGGAAGGAUAAACAUGUGACACCAGGGGAUAUCACAUCAUCACCAGAGCACAUGGAGAGGAUGUUGCAGGCACUGAAGGAAAGGCUGGACAACCUGCAGCAGAAGAGGAACACAUCCAUGGCCUACUCCAGCUCUCUGAAGGAACUGCUCCAGAAUAAGAUCAGUGCUCUGGAGCAACAGCGGCACCACCGAACCACCGUCCUCAGAGGUCCUGAGCACCAUGGUGAUGACAGCAGUCACAGAGAUGAUGGAGAUCACCAUGAAGACGACCACCCUGAUGAUCACAAAGAUGACCACAGCAAUGGUGGUUACAGUGACAGUGGGAACUACACCGAUCACGGCCGCACCAGUGACCAUGCAGGCGGUGACCACGAUGAUGAUCAACACAGUAAUGAAGCAGACAGUCACAGUUACCUUCCACACAGAACACCGGAGUUCUCCAUUUCAAUAAGUUCCAACAGGAAGAAAUCCAAGAGUCCCGACACCUUCCAGAUUAGUUUCCCUAUGAAAACCAACUACAUGUACGGGCAAGUGAAGAGGACUCUGCUGCAGGAGAUCUUCGCCCUGACAUUGUGUCUUUGGAUGAAGACGGGCGUGGGGCCUGGACUGGGGACGCCCUUCUCGUAUUCUGCACCUGGACAGGCCAAUGAGUUAGUGCUCAUUGAGUGGGGGAACAACCCCAUAGAGCUGCUGGUUGAUGACAAGUCAGUGAUGUUGCCCUUGUCUCUGGCUGAUGGGAAGUGGCACCACAUGUGUGUGACCUGGUCAACACGGGACGGACAGUGGGAGGCCUACCAGGACGGCCUGCAGAAAGGGUCUGGGAACAAUCUUUCAUCCUGGCACUCCGUCAAACCUGGAGGGGUUUUUAUCCUGGGACAGGAGCAGGACACUCUUGGAGGUCGUUUUGAUGCCACUCAGUCAUUUGUGGGUGAGAUGUCAGACCUCCACAUGUGGUCACACGUCCUGAGCGCCAACGACAUCUACAGCCUGGCCUCCUGCAGCAGCCAUCUUAGAGGAGACAUCAUCGCUUGGUCCGAUACAGAGGUGGAGCUUCACGGAGGUGUCGCCAGAUACCCCUUUGACCUCUGUCACUGAAGGCUGAACUUAGGACACAACUUGGAACAAACCAAGAACAUUUACUGCAUCAUCUAAAGAAGCUACAGCGAUGGAAGAAAGGGCAAGAAUAAAAGAAAAGAUACUUUGUAUUUUAGUUGAUUUUAUAGGACGAUCACACAGUGGCACCAGCUCCUCCAGACUCAGAACCAAUGCCUUCGUUUAAUCUGUGACUUUUCAAUAAAAACUAAUGAAUAAAUAGAAACCAGGCAAAUCGGUAUUUACAGAUUCUGUGUUAGUUGUCUUGGGCCUUAGCUCCUGGCCGUUAUUUAACAUAUUCAUGGGGUAGCAUUUUAUUUUAACAGACAAGUGCUGUAUGUGUCAUAUUGCCAUAAUGUUAAUAAGACUAAACACUGCUGGCUCUAUGACUAUAUUAGCAGACCUUACACUGAUUCAAUGGCAAACUGUAUGGUGUUAGUAUAAUACUGAAACUGAUAGAAACGUGCUGCAAAAUCUUUUUCUACUCUGGAUUCUCUUUUUUAAAGGUUUCCAUAGAAGUUACAGCUAAUUUACCAAAGAAACUGUAGACUUAAAAUUGUGUUAUACUUUAUAAUUUUAAUAAUCUAGAUAUUGUUAUUUUGGGAAAAAUACUGCUUUACAGCCUCUGCUAAUUUUAAAGUUAUUACAUGAACUCUU